AUUAUUUAUACUAGCAAGUAGUCAAGAUACCCACCAUUCCCACAUAGAAAGAGAAAAAAAAAAAAUAGGAGAUAUGGAGAAGGAAAUAAAACAGUCAAAAUUCAAGAGGAUUUGUGUGUUUUGUGGGAGUAGUGCUGGAAAAAAAAGUAUCUAUAAGGAAGCUGCAAUAGAGCUUGGAAGAGAAAUAGUAUCAAGAAAAAUAGACCUGGUUUAUGGAGGAGGCAGCAUUGGUUUGAUGGGUUUGGUCUCUCAAGAAGUUCAUAAUGGUGGUCGCCAUGUCCUUGGUGUGAUUCCCAAGACAUUAAUGCCGAAAGAGAUAACUGGUGAGACAGUAGGAGAGGUGAAGGCAGUAACAGAUAUGCACCAGAGGAAAGCUGAAAUGGCCAAACAUUCUGAUGCCUUUAUUGCUUUACCUGGUGGCUAUGGAACUUUAGAAGAGCUGCUUGAAGUCAUUGCUUGGGCUUAUCUUGGAAUCCAUGAUAAACCGGUAGGAUUAUUGAAUGUAGAUGGUUACUACAAUUCCCUCUUGACGUUUAUUGACAAAGCAGUGGAGGAAGGAUUCAUCUGCCCUAAUGCCCCCCAAAUUUUUGUAUCAGCUCCCAAUGCCAAGGAACUUUUAAAUAAACUCGAGGGGUAUUUUCCCAGUGAUGAAUCAAAACUUAAUUGGGAAAAUGAGAAGUCAGAAUAUUCCUCCAAGAUGAUUCUCCAUGCCACCUCAUCAUGAGAAUAAUUUUAGAACAAUCAAGAAUGUAUAACUUAUUUUUCAGUUGUUUUAAUUUUUCUUACUAAUAAAGUUGGAAACUGAGAUGACUAUUUCUCUCAAUUAUGGCCAAGUGUUAAUAAUGA